GGGGUAGAUGUGGGUAAUGGGUUAAUUAGGGAACAAGCGAAGGGUCAUUUAAUGAAGGCAUCCGCGGUAUAGGGAUUAGGGGUAACAACUAGAAAGCUGGAGUGUCAGUGUGGCGUGCAUGGCUGAGCAAGUGUAAUGGUGAGUGUUAAUGCCUACAGAAAUUGAAUGAACAUCUUCCAACUUUCUCAGGGAACUCAUAGAGAAAAGAAAAUUGAUGAGCACAGGGGAAAUACCGUGCUUGGAGAAAGUGGUUAAUUUGACACUAACGAGACUGAUCAUGAAACAUUUCGUAUCAGCUUGGCUUUUACUGUAAUCUGUGGGCAGUGUGGAGGGGCCUUUAUGCUUCGUACUUGGAGUUUUGGAUGCAGAUACUUGUUACUGUUCCACUGAUUUGCUGUUCUUGACGCAAAAAGAUUGGAAUGCGUCAUUAUCUCAUUGGCGUUUUUUCAAACUUCAACGGUUAAAGAAAUCAAACACAAAUCUGAUUUGUUUGAUUUGUAUGGGUUUUGGAACUUGAAGCUAUAAAGACCAUAAGAGGGCCUUGUGGUAUGAAUGCUUAAAAAAAUCGAUAACAGAGGAACAAAGUGGUCAGAAAGGAAAAGAAAAAAAAGGAAAUAGUGGGGGGGAGUGAGGUGGAGUCGGAUUUGUGCUUGCGGGUGAUACUGGUGUGAGAAUUAUUUUGUCUUAGGAGUCUGUUGGCGAUGUCUCCUGGGCUGACUAGGUGCGCCCGGGCUCCGUGGGCUUUGCCGCCGACCAAGGAAACAGCCUCUUCUUUGGUUCUCUUGGCAUUCAAGAGAACCUUUUCUUAAAAAAUUGCACAACUCCCAUCUUGUGUUUCCUUUUAAUCUCCUUCUCUCUCUUACUCAUACUCUCUGCCUCGGUUGCUGUCAAAGAUUCGCUCUCUUACCACCACAGCAUAUAUCCUUCCCCUCUUUGAGAUCCUUCUUUUCUCUCUUGGAGACCAGAAACUUGCUUGCAUUGAGAAAUCUGGUCCCCACAUCUGGGAUACUGCUUUCUAUUUCUGGGAAUUUUCCUUCAAUUGAGGGUUUUUAUGUAUGCUCACUGAGAAUGUGUCAUCGCGACUAGCACUAAUCAGCUGAGUGUUGGAGAGGACCGGUUUAAAGGUGCAGAGGGUGAAGCGGAUCUCUUGCUCUCGAGAUGAAGUUUAUGAAACUUGGAUCAAAGCCGGAUUCCUUUCAGACUGAUGGAAACAAUGUCAGGUAUGUUUCAAGUGAGCUGGCAACAGACAUCGCUCUUAUUGUAGGGGAUGUAAAAUUUUAUCUUCAUAAGUUUCCACUACUGUCAAGAAGUGGCCGCUUGCAGAAGUUGGUCACAACCACUAAGGAAGAGAAGACAGAUGAAGUUAACAUUUCUGACAUUCCCGGUGGUCCUGCUGCCUUUGAGAUAUGUGCCAAGUUUUGUUAUGGCAUGACUGUCACUCUCAAUGCUUACAAUGUUGUUGCUGCUCGAUGUGCAGCUGAGUACCUAGAAAUGCAUGAGACCAUGGAGAGAGGGAACCUCAUCUACAAGAUUGAUGUCUUUCUUACCUCUAGCAUUUUCCGCAGCUGGAAAGAUUCAAUCAUUGUUCUGCAGACUACAAAGUUUCUACUACCAUUAUGUGAGGAGUUGAAGGUUGUCAGCGAUUGCAUUGACUGUAUUGCUACCAAGGCCUGUAUUGAUGUUUCCAAGGUUGACUGGUCCUAUACCUAUAAUCGGAAGAAGCUCCCAGAGGAAAAUGGGAAUGAUCCAAACUGGAAUGGUGUCAGAAACCGUCCAGUGCCAAAGGACUGGUGGGUUGAGGAUUUGUGCGACCUUGAAAUUGGUCUGUACAAGCGUGUUCUGGUGAAUAUUAAAAACAUAGGGAUUGUUUCAAAUGAUGUAAUUGGGGAAGCCUUGAAAGCGUAUGCUUAUAGAAGGUUGCCAGGUUUCAGCAAGGGUAUGAUUCAGUCUGGAGACAUGGCGAAGUACCGGUCAAUAGUAGAUACAAUAGUGUGGCUGUUGCCUGCAGACAAAGGCUGUGUCUCUUGUAGUUUCUUGCUCAAAUUGUUAAAAGCUUCCAUUUUAGUGAACUCAGGAGAGAUGGAUAAGUUUGAGCUGGUAAGGAGAAUAGGACAGCAACUGGAGGAGGCUUCUGUAAAUGAUCUUUUGAUACGAGCACCAGAAGAGGAAACUACAAUGUUUGAUGUUAGUACGGUACAGAAAAUAGUACAAGAGUUCCUAAUGCAAGAUAAGAGUGCUGAGAUUGAAUCGCUUGAAGAGAGCCAUGAGCUUCAGGAGACAAGAAGGUCAGGGAUUUUAUCGGAGGCUUCCAAGCUGAUGGUAGCAAAAUUGAUAGAUGGAUAUCUUGCCGAAAUUUCGAAGGAUCCCAACCUAACCUUGUCGAAGUUUGUUGAUCUUGCUGAAAUGGUGUGCAAUAUCUCUCGGCCUGCUCAUGACGGGCUCUACCGCGCCAUUGACAUGUAUCUAAAGGAGCAUCCAGGGAUUAGCAAGAGCGAGAAGAAAAGGAUAUGCAAGCUGAUGGACUGCAAGAAACUAUCAGUUGAUGCGUGCAUGCAUGCUGUUCAAAAUGAGAGACUUCCAUUGCGUAUAGUAGUGCAGGUACUCUAUUUUGAGCAGGUUAGGGCUGCAGCAUCAUCAGGCAGCAGCACUCCUGACAUACCCAAAGGCAUCAAGGAUCUAAAUAGUGGCUCUCAUGGGAGCUCGAGGUCAGCAACAACUAAUACAGAGGAAGACUGGGAUGGGGUGGCAACACCUGAGGAUCUCAAGGCACUAAAGGGGGAGCUAGCUGCUUUAAGGUUAGCCAAUGGAGUGGGAGGUAGUGAAAGGAAUGGUGAUGGUAAAAGUAAUGUGGACAAAGCUGCCAUUAACAAAAUGAAGGGGCUGCUUAAGUCGAAGAUCCUUACCAAGCUGUGGUCUGGCAAGGGGGGACAAGGUGACAAUAGCGGCUCGGAUUCAUCAGAUAGUCUUGGUUCUCCCAACCCAGAAGAAGGUAAAUCAACACCUUCCAGAAAUAGGAGGCAUUCAGUGUCUUAGAUACAAUUGACAGAAACAAGUGUUGGUCGGUUCUUUUGGCGCUUUUCUUAACGAAUAUUAGCAAAACUUCCAAAGUAGCGCUUUAUCUUUUAAUUUAGCAAAAAUGAACUGCAUAUAGUGUUUGGAUGAA